AUGAAAGCAUGGGGAAGAUCAAGAGGUGACAGUAGCAGUGCAGGUAGCUCACCCGAUGCAUCCGAAGGUCAAGCUCCAAGUCUGACUACAGGAUCUACUUCCGCCUCUGUUGAAAGUUUGGAAUCCGUGCAAGAUCAACACCAAAGAAGGUUGAUGCAUGCUAUCAUGGACGAAAAGCUAAAAGCACAAAGAGCUCUGGCUACUUCCAAUGGUACUAAGCAUAUUGCCAAUGGAACAACCGGACAUCCGCCCACCUCAUUCGACAGCUCUGCCGACGGCACGCAACUGGUUCACAGUGAAUUUGCUUUCUGUGCUAAUCAGAACUACCGAUACACCUCACAACAUCCACCAGGAGCACCUCUACCCGAUCCAAUUGAGGAAGAGCCAAGCUAUGUUAUUCUAUUAACAACGUAUGUGUCUUACUUGAUCCUGAUCGUGAUUGGUCACUGUCGUGAUUUUGUCGGCAAACGCUUGUUCCCUAAAUCGUAUCGCCACUUGGUCGAAUCGAAUGGUUAUGCAGCCCUUAACUCCGAUUUUGACAGUUUCUACACGAGACGACUCAAAGCAAGAUUGGACGAUUGUUUCUCGAGACCCGUUACCGGUGUUUGUGGUCGUACAGUCAUGACACUUGAUCGUACAACCGAUGAUUUCUACCAAUCCUUCACGUACACAGGUGGAAAGACACGCACUUUGAACAUCAGUGCAUACAAUUAUUUGGGAUACGCCCAAUCGCAUGGUGGAUGUGCGGACGCAGUAUUGGAAUGUUUGAAGAUGUACGGUACCAGCUCUUUCGGUUCAAGAUUGGGCGCUGGUUCGCUUGAUUUGCAAUCACAAACCGAAAAGAUGGUUGCACGUUUUGUUGGACAGGAAGAUGCGAUUGUUGUUUCUAUGGGUUUUGCAACAAAUAGCACCACAAUUCCAGUCAUCGCUGGUCCCGGUACAUUGCUGAUUUCUGAUGAGCUAAAUCAUGCUUCUAUCCGUUUUGGUGCCCGUUUGAGUGGCGCUCAUAUUCGUCAAUACCGUCAUAACGAUAUGCGUGAGCUAGAGAAGCUUCUACGUGAAAGUAUCAGUCAAGGUAUGCCACGCACGCAUAGACCAUGGAAAAAGAUCGUUUUGCUGGUUGAAGGAUUGUACAGUAUGGAAGGUACUUUGGUCAAUCUACCCAAAUUGAUGGAAUUGAAGAAGAAGUACAAGUUCUAUCUCUAUGUCGAUGAAGCUCAUUCUAUUGGUGCUCUUGGUCCACGUGGUCGAGGUGUUUGUGAUUACUAUGGUAUUGACCCUAAAUCGGUUGAUAUCUUGAUGGGCACAUUUACAAAAUCAUUUGGUGCAGCUGGUGGAUAUAUCUGUGGUCCAAAGGCACUCAUUGACCGUAUCCGUCUAACGAACCAUGCCAACGUUUAUGGUGAAACUUUGGCUCCCCCAAUUUUGACGCAAAUUAUUGCCAGUAUGGCUGGUAUUAUGGGUGUUGGACGCAAUGUACAAGAACAUGCUCUUUUGCCUCCUUGGUUCGAUCUACCGCCUCGUAUGUUAGAUGGCAGUGAAGGAAAAGAACGUCUACGCAGAUUGGCCUUCAAUGCACGGUAUUUGAGUUCAGGUUUACGUAAACUUGGAUUUAUCGUUUAUGGACAUCGUGAUAGUCCGAUCGUGCCUUUGUUAAUCUUCCAUCCUGGUAAGAUGGCAUUAUUUUCACGAAUGAUGUUAGAUCGAUCAAAAGCUUUACCGCCUUCUCAACGUUUUGCAUCGGAAGAAAAUGAAGAAGAAUAUCAACGUCAACGUGAAGAAGAAACUAGAUAUCUUCAUGAUCCUACCGCAAGCGCAAAAGCAGACAGACCGCUUAGACCGCCAAUCGUCGUGGUCGUGGUUGCAUACCCGGCGACACCUUUGAUUUCGAGUAGAGUGCGUUUCUGUGUUAGUGCGGCACAUAAUGUGGACGAUAUGCAAGCCGUCUUGCGUGCUUCCGAUGAAGUUGGAUCGGUUUUGAGUAUGAAGUACGGCUCAGGCGGAGCGGGUGGUAGAUGGACAAUUGAUGAAGUUUUAGCAAGACCUUUGGAUUUGGUCUCAUGGGAUGGACAUACGCCUUUACCAGCAAAGAUGUAA